AUGAAGACGAGCCCCGAGAACGAAUCACUACUCCGGAGAUACGAGCACGAUGAAGCGAGCAUGAGAUUCUUUGCGAAAGAUUCGACCGAAAUCCGAAUGCCGUCCGAAUCCGACAUCGAUUUUCAGCAAUCGUUUCCAAAACCUCGGAAAUGGCCGACAUUCGUCGCCCUUUGUUUCUUGUUUCUCGGCUGGUUUCUCAACGAGAUCGCGUUGGCGUGGAUUCACGAGCGGGUUCCGCGCGACACCGCGCCCCUUCCCGACGUCUUCUUCUCAUUCUUCCCAGAAGUCGAAGGGGCGAUUCGCAUCACCGAAUAUAUCAUGCUCAUUCUCAUCGUGAACGCGUUUGUCAUCAUGCUGACUCACCAACACAGAUGGAUCGUCAUCCGGCGCGCAUUCUUCUGCAUCGGCAUGUCGUACACGUUCCGGGCGUUGUGCGUCACCGUUCUUCAAGUGCCCGUCCCAUCCGUCAACACGUAUUGCGCGCCGAAGCAGAACUCGUCGGCCGAGCUCGUCGCCGCACGUGUCUUCAAGAUGUUCUGGAGUGCCGGCGUCGAGCAGCUUCGACCGCGCGAACUCUGCGGUGAUCUCAUCGUGUCGGGACACACGCUAACCAUUUUCACCGCGUUUCUCGUCUUCAAGACCUACGCACCGAAGAAGCUGCAGCCGCUUUCUCAUUUGUACCACGCGCUUGCUUAUAUCGCAUUGAUCGCCAUUCUCCUCUCCAGAAAGCACUACUUCAUUGACGUCAUUCUUGGGUACACGGUCUCAACGCGAAUGUUCAUUGAGUAUCACUCGCUGGCAUUGGCGUAUCACGAGAAUCUUUACGAAUCGAGUAUGCUCAAUUGGUUUUGGUGGUCGAAACUCGUGCCAUUUUUCGAGCGAGACGCUCCGAAUUUCGUUGAUCUCCACAAUCAUUUGUCGCUUCCCACAAAUGUAUUGUCGUCGAAAAAAUCGGCACGACGAAUCGAUUAA